GCUGCAGGUGCCGAGACGGUACGUUAACCCAUGGUGGGAUGUAGCUUCCACUCCAAUAAAGGGAAACAAGCACAUCUGGAGAUCGUGCAGUGAAGCCACCUUUAGCUUGGAAGAUCGACUUUGAUUCGUAGAGGACGUUAGGAUUGAAUCUGUUUGCAUGGCGUGGUUUAAGUUGCAGACGUUCAUGUCGUUUUGCCUGCAGUUGGGCCUCAUAGCAGUCAUGCUGCUAAUGCAGCCUCCUCAUGUGGACGCAGAUACAGCGGGCCCGACAAGUUCCCCCAAACAAAACAAAUCCUGCGUGGGCAGCUAUGAAUGCAAGCAAGGUGUCAUUCUGCCAAUAUGGUACCCGGAAGAUCCAUCCCUGGGGGAUAAAAUUGCCAGGGUUAUCGUUUAUUUUGUGGCACUGAUCUACAUGUUCUUGGGAGUCUCCAUUAUCGCCGACCGCUUUAUGGCAUCGAUUGAAGUGAUUACAUCGCAGGAGAAGGAAAUCACCAUGAACAAGCCGAAUGGAGAGACAACCACCACUCUGGUUCGCGUCUGGAAUGACACUGUGUCUAACCUGACCCUCAUGGCUCUGGGUUCAUCGGCUCCAGAAAUCAUGCUUUCCCUGAUCGAAGUGUGCGGCCAUGGGUUUAAAGCUGGCGAGCUGGGCCCCAGUACAAUCGUAGGCAGUGCCGCUUUUAACAUGUUCAUCAUCAUCGCCAUCUGCGUCUACGCUAUCCCCGAUGGCGAAACGCGGAAAAUUAAACAUCUGCGCGUAUUUUUUGUCACGGCAGCCUGGAGCAUCUUCGCCUACAUCUGGCUGUACAUGAUCCUCGCCGUCUUUUCCCCGGGUGUUGUGCAGGUCUGGGAAGGACUGGCCACCUUCCUGUUCUUCCCAGUUUGCGUCCUGCUGGCUUGGAUCGCUGACCGGAGGCUCCUCUUCUACAAGUACAUGCACAAGAAGUACCGCACCAACAAGAGCAGGGCUCUGGUCAUCGAGACCGAAGGGGAGCCCCCUAAAGGCAUCGAGAUGGAUGGCAAGCUGGUCAACUCGCAUGUCCUGGACGGCAUGCUGGUGGGUCUGGAAGGCAAAGAGGUGGACGAGUCUCGCAAGGAAAUGAUUCGCAUCCUCAAGGAGCUGAAGCAAAAGUACCCGGAGAAAGAGCUGGACCAGCUGGUGGAGAUAGCGAACUACUACGCCCUUUCCCAUCAGCAGAAGAGCCGGGCCUUUUACCGCAUCCAGGCCACCCGGAUGAUGACUGGAGCUGGCAACAUCCUGAAAAAGCACGCAGCCGAGCAGGCCAAGAGGAGCGCCAGCAUGCACGAGGUGAGGGCGGACACUCCCGAAGACCAGUGCUCCCAGGUCUACUUCGAGCCGUGCACCUACCAGUGCCUGGAGAACUGCGGGGCGGUCUCGCUCACCGUGGUCCGCAAAGGGGGCGACAUCUCCAGGACCCUGGUGGUGGACUACAAGACCGAGGACGGCUCGGCCAAUGCGGGCGCCGACUACGAGUUCAGCGAAGGGACGGUGGUUUUCAAAUCGGGCGAGACGCAGAAGGAGAUCACAGUCGGCAUCAUCGACGAUGACAUCUUCGAGGAAGAUGAGCACUUCUUCGUGCGCCUGAGUAACAUCAGGGUGCUGGAGCUGGAAGAUGCCCUGGAGCCAAAUAACGUGCCCUAUCCCAAAGCUUUAAUCGUUUCCCCGCUGAUUGCAACAGUGACUAUUUUAGACGAUGACCACGCGGGCAUCUUUACCUUUGAGAGCGAUGUCGUCCGUGUGAGUGAGAGCAUCGGGGUGAUAGAGGUGAAGGUGCUAAGGACAUCUGGGGCACGCGGGACAGUCAUUGUUCCCUUUAGAACAAUAGAAGGGACGGCCAAAGGGGGCGGAGAAGACUUUGAGGACACUUAUGGAGAGCUGGAAUUUAAAAAUGAUGAGACCCUGAAAGCCAUAAGCGUUAAAAUAAAUGAUGCUGAGGAAUACGAAAAGCAAGAACAUUUCUUCAUUGUGCUUGGUGAACCGAAAUGGAUGAAACGAGGAAUAUCAGCACUCUUACUGGCACAGGAGGACUCUGGUCGGAAACUUUCAAUUGAAGAAGAGGAGGCAAAACGGAUCGCAGAAAUGGGGAAACCCAUUUUGGGUGAGCAUCCGAAAUUGGAGGUCAUCAUUGAAGAAUCCUAUGAAUUCAAGAGCACAGUGGACAAGCUUAUAAAGAAGACGAACCUAGCGCUCGUGGUAGGGACACAUUCCUGGCGGGAUCAGUUCAUGGAGGCCAUCACGGUCAGUGCAGCAGGUGAUGAAGAGGAUGAAGACACAGGAGAGGAACGGCUGCCCUCGUGUUUUGACUAUGUGAUGCAUUUUCUGACCGUCUUUUGGAAGGUCCUGUUUGCCUGCGUGCCUCCGACUGAAUACUGGAAUGGGUGGGCCUGCUUUGUCACGUCCAUUCUCAUCAUUGGCCUCCUAACAGCCAUCAUUGGUGACCUGGCCUCUCACUUUGGUUGCACCAUUGGCCUGAAGGACUCAGUUACAGCUGUGGUAUUUGUAGCUCUUGGCACCUCAGUACCAGACACCUUUGCCAGCAAAGUAGCGGCCGCCCAGGAUCACUACGCCGAUGCCUCCAUUGGAAAUGUCACAGGCAGCAACGCAGUCAAUGUCUUCCUGGGCAUAGGAUUGGCAUGGUCCGUGGCUGCCAUCUACUGGGCGUCCCAGGGCAAGGAAUUCCGUGUGGAUGCGGGCACCCUGGCCUUUUCUGUCACCCUCUUCACCAUCUUUGCUUUCAUUAGCAUCAGCAUCCUGCUGUACAGGAGGCGGCCGCACAUCGGGGGAGAGCUGGGCGGUCCGUGGGGACCCCGUGUCAUCACUGCCAUGUUGUUCGGGGGUUUGUGGUUACUGUACAUUCUGUUUUCUUCGUUGGAGGCUUACUGCUACAUCAAGGGGUUCUAAAGCGAAAAGGAGAUCUGUGGCUACCCCCAAAGAGACACACACCCCUCGAAUCUCUUCGAACUCAAUGCAAUACUAGCCAACAAUAUUCCACUCUUUAAAGGGGGGGGCAAAGAACUGGAGAUGGUCCCAUUGAAGAGGGCAGCG